AUGCCCAUCAUUGGUUCUCCCUCUGUUUCUGGCGGUGUUUUAAGAUCAGGGGGCGAGGACUCCCCUCUCUCACACGAACCAUGCACUGCCUCUGGACCACAGCAUUCCUACAAACGCUCUUUCAUUGCCUUUUCUUCAACAUACGGACAUUUGAUAAAGCCGCAGCGUUCAGCAUUAAGCAGGGAGGGGACGGAGGAGCUCCACCCGGAUGAAGUGGCUCAGUGGUGGGGUGAAUGGAGCAGCUGGUCGACCUGUAGCUGGACAUGCGGUGGAGGCGUUCGCUCACAGGAGCGCCACUGUCUGCAGCAGAGGCUCACCACCACACACAACAUUAACAGUUCCUUCUGUGCUGGAUCGCCUAAGCAGUAUCAAUUGUGUACUAACCAGCCCUGCCCUAACAGCAGAAUCGGCUUCAAACAGCACCAGUGCUCCCAGUUCAACUCCAAAGCCUUCAGCAGGAAACACUACGAGUGGGUUCCCCUCUAUCCAGAUGAUUACAUCAGCAUUUCCAGCAAGCCGUGUGACCUGCAGUGCACCACCACCACGGGAGAGAGACAGCUAUUGGUUCCGGCUCACGACGGGACCUCUUGCAGAAAUGGUGUCUACAAGGGCGUCUGUAUCGAGGGCCAGUGCCAGGUGGUGGGGUGUGAUGGGAAACUGUACUCUAGUAAAAAUAUAGACAAAUGUGGCAUCUGCGGUGGAAACGGUGACACGUGCUACCGGAUCUCAGGAUCAUUCCGGAAAGGGAUCACACAGUUAGGCUACGCCUUUAUAACCAACAUACCUGUUGGAGCCACGGACAUCCAGAUCGUGGAGCGGCGAAAGACUGAAAACAUCUUGGCUCUAUCCGAUGAAGCCGGCCACUUCUUCUUUAACGGCAACACUGUAAUCGACAACCCACGCAACUUCCCCAUAGCAGGGACAGUGUUUAAGUACCGGAGGCCAGUGAACCUCUUCUCAGAUGGCUUUGAGUACAUCAUGGCCCAGGGUCCUACCCAGCAGGGCCUGAACGUCAUGUAUUACAACCUUAACGGAAAGAUGCCUCACAUCACGUACGAGUACACGGUGCCUCGUGUGUCCUCCACGCCAGCAUCGUCCACCCAGGAGCAGCCUCCACUGGCCAGCAUGAUGGGCAACGCUUCCUAUUCACAGCUCCCCAUCACCGGGAAUGAAGUGGAGGCUCGCGAUGGGAAAGGUGAGGAGGAGAAGAAGCAGAGUGCACCUCCGGAUCCUAAGGGGAACAUGGAGGCACGUGGAGAUGUUCGGUGGGAGCACCAGGCUCCUUGUAACCUCAGCAAAAAACCUGAGGUGUUGCGAAUAACAGUGUCUGGAGUGGUUCUCCGUAACGAGCUGGGAAAGCAGGACGGAUUUGGCUCCAAAUUUAACCUGGUUGAAGGACGCUCGUCCAGUGUGACUAACGAGACACAGCCCAUGGCAAAGAGUGUGAAGAGUAGUUCCCCAGUGAAGAACAGCCUCGCUCUGCAGAUCCACAUGACGAGCCAGAGAGAGCCCGACUUCAAGCCCGAGACAAACAGCACCUCAGAGCACAGAACCAAACUCCUCCCACUCCAGCAGGGGGCACCAGAGCGCCUCCCACUCACUGACAGUAAUGAGUUUGAGGUGGUAUCUCUUGACCAGGACGUCAGUCUGGCAGUCUCGUACAGAUGGAAGGUAUCUGCGUACGCACCCUGCAGUUCAACUUGUACCACAGGUAUCAGCACAGCAUAUGCUUUGUGUGUAAGAUAUGAUGGUUCUGAAGUUGAUGAGAGUUACUGUGAUGCUUUGACUCGACCUGAGCCGACAUACGAGUUCUGCACAGGCAGAGAGUGUACACCCAGGUGGGAGACGAGCCGCUGGAGCGAGUGUUCUCGGACAUGUGGUGAGGGAUUUCAGUUUCGAACGGUGCGCUGCUGGAAGAUGAUGGCACCAGGCUUCGACAGCUCUGUGUAUGAUGAUUUGUGCCACGCUGCCGAGUUGCACAAGCCCAUGGCACGCAAAUCCUGCAGGAACAAAUCCUGUGGCCCUCAGUGGGAGGUGUCAGAAUGGUCUGAGUGUUCAGCACGGUGUGGCCGUCGGGGUGUGAGGAGCAGGGAGGUGCGAUGCUCCAUGGAUGCUCGUUUGUGUAACGAGUCCACACGGCCCAUUAAUCAGAGGGAGUGUGACGGACCGCCGUGUGACCGCAGGUGGAUUGUGUCGGACUGGGAACCGUGCUCAGGGCCAUGUGGAGAAGGCCGCAUGAUGCGUUACGUGGUGUGUAAGAGCGGGAAUGGGAAGGUGAUCUCUGAUGGUCACUGUGAUCGGGAGCUGAAGCCCCUCACCGUGCAGCCGUGUGGAGCCCCAGACUGCCCCGCACACUGGGUAGAGCAGGAGUGGGAACAGUGUAACGCCACGUGUGGACGCGGGCUAAAAAGCAGGCAGGUGGUGUGUGCCGGGCUCGAAGCUGGCGUGUUUAAGGAGUUUCCGGAUCACGUGUGUGCUCACUCGCCCAAACCCGAGGAGAACGCCGCUUGCUUCGAGAGGCCUUGCUCCAAAUGGUUCACCACCUCCUGGUCUCAGUGCAGUAAGACAUGUGGGAGUGGUGUGAGAGUGAGGGAAGUGAGAUGUUACCAGGGAGAGGAGAUCGGCCACAGCUGUGACUCCACAUUGAAACCUCAAGCCAGACAGAGCUGUGAGGUCCAGGCUUGUCCUACAGAGGCACCAGCGGAGGAUGUUUGUGAAGACAAAGCGACAGCAAACUGUGCGCUGGUGUUGAAAGUAAAGCUCUGCACACACUGGUACUACAGGAAGGCCUGCUGUCUGUCCUGCAAGACCAAAGGUCACUAAAGAGCUGCUGAACCCUAACUGGGCCAUUCCACUCAAUGUGAAGAACCCCAAAUGUACAAACACACACACACACACACACAUACACUGUAACCCCCUAUGACCCUAAACGUUUACCCCAAAAUCGACACCCAAAAAGGACACCCCAGCUGUUUAUAGUCUAACAUGUUACCUAUAACUACUCUAACUAUAACUUGUGAGAAUAAAAGCUAUGCUGAUCAAAUAGCUCUUCAGAUUUAUAGCUCACAGGCUACACUGUAACUUGUGAUCCUUAAUUCAAGACUAUUCACUGAUUGCGCUAAACCCAGAAACUACACUUUUAUACUAAAUAACCUAAUUAACUGGCAACAGUUUACUGAUCUAGAAACUAUUAAACUGGUGACUGUGUGUAUAUUCAAACUAUCCACUGAUCUGUACCUCAUAAUACCUCCCUAUGUCAUGCCUUCACAAUACACAAUAACCUGUUACCCUCAAUCAACUACAACCUAAACCUUACUCUACAAGGUUAAACUACAUACACAACCCCCUAUACAGCCCAGAACCUGACACCCGUCCAGAGCAUAAUAAUAAAGACGAGACAUGCUUUUCUCAUGUCAUGAGCUAAUUACAGUGCUCCAGUCCCAUGAAUGUGAGGUUUUAUAUAUCAGUACAGUCUUCAGUUUUCUCUGGACCGCUUGCAGCUCACAAAAACUUUUGGGCCUUGAGGCUGGAGGUUUACCUGUCAUUUAUUAAUUCCACAUUAUCUGUACCCUUUAACUACAUCAGAUUUUCUAUUGAAAAUGUUUGGGAUUAUUUUUUUUUUUUUACCUCACACUGAACACUUAAGCUAUACCAAAACUUUCACCCCCACUAUUUAUCCUCACCUGUACGCCUGAUCCGUAUUCUAAUCCCGUACCCUAACCCGUUCCACUAAAUCUUUUCACACUUGGUACACUGAACCCCCAAUUUACCCUCUAACCUGUAUCCCUAAUCUGUACAAAGAAGGUGCUAUAUUAAGUGGGGUUGUGGUCAUCAGGCCACUCAGGCAGCUCCCCUCACUGCACAGGCUGUUCCUGAUCCGUGAUAAAGGAUACGCUGUUUUAUUACUGAACGCAUGGAACACGCCGCUCUCUUGUACUGUAUCACUGAUUCACUGACACACACUUUUCAUAUUUGUACAAAGUUGCUUAUUUUUACUGAAUGUUGUUUGUGGUGACCUGUAAUGGAAGACGAGGGGGAAAAAGAAAGAAAUAAAGUCACUGUUUGGCUUUGGUGCAUUCGUGUACUUGAGACAGAAUUAUAAUGGACUUUUGUUAUAUGUGUUAUUAUAUAUAUUAUUAUGUGUUUUUUUUCGCACAAUGGAACUGGUGGCUUCAUGCCACAUUUCACAAGCUCUCUACAAAUGCAGGAAAUGUGCUGUAAUGUUCUGCCCUUAUCAGACUUCUGCAAUUGUGCAGUCUGAAGUUAAACACAUCAACAAAUUGCAAGCUAUUUUCCUUCCGUUUGCUAGAUUCAGCAUGUUAUUGAUCAUCACAUUAUAUGCUAAGUGUAGGUAUUACAAAGUUUGUGUAUUUAAACAAGUAGCAGGAAACAUAUCCACUGUUUAUUCAGUAUGGAACUCUAGCUUGGUUGAUGAUGGUACACUAUAUUGCCAAAAGUUUUGGGACACCCCUCCAUAUCAUUGAAUUCGGGUGUUGGGCUCCGGCCCCUUAGCUCCAGUGAAAGGAACUCUUAAUGUUUCAGCAUACCAAGACAUUUU